AUGGCGAGCGCUCGAUCGCGUUUGAUCAUCCUGCUCGUCUUCCUCGCCGCUGCCUCGUCUCCGGCCUCGGCGUGCGACCGGUGCGUGCGCCGGUCCAAGGCGGCGUACCGCGCCUCCUCGCCCGCCCUCCACAAUGCCGGCUCUUGCGGGUACGGCUCCCUGGCGGCGACCUUCAACGGCGGGCUCCUCGCCGCCGCGGGCCCGGCGCUGUACAGGGGAGGCGUCGGCUGCGGCGCGUGCUAUCAGGUCCGGUGUACGGACGCCGCGCUCUGCAGCGCCGCGGGCGCCACGGUGGUCGUCACGGACCAGGCGCGCGGCACGGCCACGAACCGCACCGACCUCGUGCUGAGCGGCGCGGCGUACGCGGCCAUGGCCCUGGGCGGCGGGGGCACGGCCGCCGCGCGGCAGCUGAGGGAGCGGCGCGCCGUGGGCGUGGAGUACAAGCGGGUGCCCUGCGAGUACGCGCGCCGCCGCAACCUGUCAGUGCGCGUGGAGGAGGGCGCGCCCGGCGGCCUGACGAUCAGGUUCCUGUACCAGGGCGGGCAGACCGACAUCGUGGCGGUGGACGUCGCGGCGGCCGGGUCGUCGAACUGGAGGUCCAUGACGCGGGAGCGCGGCGGGCCGGCGUGGAGCACGGGCCAGGCGCCGGCGGGGCCGCUGCAGCUCCGGAUGGUGGUCACAGGCGGGUACGACGGGAAGUGGGUGUGGGCCGAAGGGGAGGUCCUCCCGCGGCGGUGGGCCGCCGGCCGGGUGUACGACACCGGGGUGCAGAUCGCCGACGUCGCGCUGGAAGGGUGCUCCCCCUGCGACACCCGGGAGUGGAAGUGA